AUGCUCAGGCUUCUCGUGCUUACUGCUCUUGUCAUUUGCGGACAAUGUCACGAUGAUGACAUCCGCUAUUUAGAAGACAUUGACAAUGAAAAUGGACGUGUAGUAGGAGGAACUAACGCAGGAAAGAACGCCUGGCCCUGGCAGGUUUCUCUUCAGUAUCAGUCUGGCUCCAGCUGGUACCACACCUGUGGAGGCUCCCUGAUCCUUGCUAACCGCGUGCUGACCGCUGCUCACUGUGUGGACAGGGUUCUUAACUUCCGUGUGGCCCUUGGAGAACACAGCCUUAGUGCCAGCGAUGGCACUGAACAGUAUAUUUCCGUCUCUUCUAUCAAGCAACAUAAUAGAUGGAACUCCAACAAUGUUGCUGCAGGAUUUGAUAUUGCUAUCCUGUGGCUGGCCUCCAGUGCUACCCUGAACAGUGCUGUGCAACCGGCCACUCUGCCAGACAGUGGAGCUACCCUGGCCCACAACUACGACUGUGUUGUUACUGGAUGGGGAAGAACCAGCACUGGUGGACCUCUUGCUACUAUUCUCCAGCAAGCCACCUUGCCUGUCGUUGCCCACUCAACCUGCUCUCUCAGCUCCUGGUGGGGCACCAAUGUCAAGACCACCAUGAUCUGCGCUGGUGGAGAUGGGGUCAAGUCUGCCUGCAAUGGUGAUUCCGGUGGACCCCUUAACUGCGCUGUUAAUGGUGUGAACCAAGUCCAUGGUAUUGUCAGUUUUGGAUCCUCUCUUGGGUGCAACUACUUCCAGAAACCAGCCGUAUUUACCAAAGUCUCCGACUACAUCUCCUGGAUUGACAGCAACAUCUAAAUGGAUCACCACUUUUUCCCUAGAAGGAAACCUGAUAACGACCUACAACCUACCU